ACCAUUAUUUGUAUUUACCCAUUUCCCCAAUUCUUCGGCACUUUUCUCACCCGCGGCUUCGUCUACCCCUCACCCUCUCCAAUUCUCUGCAAUUUAGGGUUUGGGUUUUGUGCUCGCUUCGUUUCACGCUCCAAAAACAGGAAAAAGAAGAAAAAAAAGAAAAAGAAAAAACACUUUUCUUGUGCUCAAGAAUUACUGUUUUUCCGUGAGGGGAUUGACUGGUUGUGCUUAGUUGAAGUAAGAAAUUAGGGUUUUGGGUUCUCUCUUGGUUUGAUCUUUCAAUGGGAGGCCGUCCUUGGCCGGCAGAGUAGCUUUAUGGCACCAAGUAGGAGAAGAGCCGCCAACAAGGCGGCUGCAGCGGCGGCCGCGCGGAGAAAAUGGAACGUCGGCGAUCUUGUUCUUGCCAAAGUCAAAGGAUUUCCGGCGUGGCCUGCGACGGUGAGUGAGCCGCAAAAAUGGGGUUACCCUGCUGAUCUGAAGAAAGUGGUUGUCUAUUUUUUUGGGACACAACAAAUUGCCUUCUGUAAUCCAGUUGAUAUUGAAGAAUUCACAGAAGAGAAGAAAGCUUCUCUAUUGGGAAAACGCCAUGGAAAAGGUGCUGAUUUUGUUCGAGCUGUUAAAGAAAUUAGUGAUUGUUUUGAAAAGUUGAAGAAACAGGAGCAAGUUAACAGCGCUAAUGGCACCGAAGAAACUAACAUCACCAAUGAAUACAACUCAGAGGAAUCCUUGACCAAGCGCAUGAAGAAUGAACCUCCAGUACCUGAUCCGCCUUCUGUUGAGGCAAGUAAUAAUCUGAAGUCUCUGACCGAAGCUGCUGUAGCUGCAGCAGCGGAAGAUGCUUUGCGUGAUCGGGAGAUACCUAAGGAUAUAGUGUCCAAUGAUUCGCUCAAAAGAAAAAGAGAUGUUACCAGAUCAAGGAAUAGUGGCUUAAAGGGCAACAAGUUUGAUCGAAAAUUGAAAAAUUCAAGGAGUAGUUCUAGUAGACCACAAAACAAUAUUUCUCCUGUCAAUACCAUUAGGAGUUCUAGGCGAGCAGGUAAUCGUGUUCUACGAGAGAGAUCUUUGAGAAGAAGUAGAAGGUUGAUGAAGCCAUCGGAUGACUCUGAGGGACGGGACAACGAUUCACUUGAUUCUGUAUCAAAUGGUGUGAGUGAAGAAAGUGAUUCUGAAAUUAUGAGUGUUGACUCUGAUACAUUGAGUGUCAAUGAUGGAAGCAAUGAUGCAUUGGGUACUAAACAAACAGAGUCGGGGCCAUCUGGGGGAAACAAUGAUGUAGUGGAAACAGUGAUAGGUGGUAAGGUGGAUUUGGAUACUAAGAAUAUCUUUGAGAAAAGCAGCAUGCCUCAUUCCAAAAGGAAUAAUCAUGAUUCUGUGGAGGCCACUAGCACUGAAGUAAUAGCUUCAGAUGCUGAGUUGCCAAAGUCUGGAUGUAUCUCCCCCAGUUUUACCGAGCAAUUAGCCCAAAAAAAUGCCAAGGAUGACGGUGAUGAGCACUUACCAUUUGCCAAGAGAGCCAGAGUUCGCAUGGGCAGACCAUCACCAGAAACAAAGGAAAAAGUUAGUUUGGUGUAUAAAGAGGAAAACAUGCUUGAAGUUCCAGAAAAUCUUCAUGCGCGGUCCUCUGAGCCAUUGAGUUCCAUGGCUGAUGUUCCUGCUGAUCAGGAAUCUUUUCCUGUUAAAGAAAAUAUUCCUAUUUCUCCGUUAUCUUGUGCAAGUCCAGCUAGAAAUCAGCUGUUUCAGGAGGCGAAGAAGAAUUUUGUGGAUGAGGAAUCUGCUUUACCUCCAUUUAAACGCCUCCAUCGUGCUUUGGAAGCCAUGAGUGCUAAUGCAGCUGAAGAUUGCCAAGCAGCUUCCAAUUUAUCGCCAGCUGUUGAUAGUAAGAGAAAUGACAGUUGCUCCGUUGAGGUGUUUUCUGAGCAGCCUGCGGAAAGGGAAGGUGUCAAAAUGAGUUCAGAAAAGCUGGAGCAUCUGGACAAUGGCAAUUCUCCAUUAAGUGCUUCCAAGUCCUGUACUAAGACAAUGGAAACUUCAAAAAAUAACACACAAGAUAAUGCAUGCGUUUCAGAUUAUGGUAAAAACGGUUUUGUGGAUAGCACAAAUACACAAUCAUGCGAAAAAUUUGAGCAGACUGACGAUUGUAGUGAUAGUAAAUGCAUGCCACCAUCACCUUCAUUUGUGGCCCCUUGCAAAAAUCCUACUGGGCCUAAUGGAAAACCAGAUUCAUUAGAUAAUGGUGAGCCAUCAAAUUAUUUAGACUCUGAGGCACCUGAUUUGAUGCUGCAUCUCAUAGAUGGAUGCAAGAUUGAAUGUUCAGAGGUGAAAGGAGCUGUGAAUGGGUUCGAGAAUAACAGGAGGACUUUAGAUGCUGUCUCUGUGGAAGAAAUUGUGGUUGAUUCACCUAAAAUUGAGAAAGUUAACCAGCUCGUCGUUGCAAAUGAUGCAACCAGUGAAAUUCAGAAGAUGGAGCAUCCUCUGCAAGCUGAAAAUAACCCAGACAAUAAGAAGUCUGAGUUUGUGGAAGAAGCCAAACGGCCUUCCUUGGGUCCAAAAAUGACGCAUUCCACUUCACCUUCAAAGAUCCUUGGCAGAAGAGAUCGACAAUGCUCAGUUCAUUCUAAUUCUUUUUCCCAUGAUGCCAUUGAUGACAAAACUGUUUCCGUCACUCGGUCUUCCUCAUCUCUGACUGAUGGGCCAGGCUCUGUUGCAAGGGCAUCGCCUCCCAAUUCUUCUUUUUGUGACGUACGCGUGCCUGACAAUACUAAUAAUACACAUGAGAAUAAUAGUUCUUGCAGUCCUGAUGUCCACCUGCAUCUGGAAAAGGCUAAACUUGCUGUCAAGUCAAGCAACAAAUGGGAAUCCUUGUCAUCAUUUGAAGCUAUCAUUAAAACAUUGACUAGAACGAAAGAAAGCAUAGGAAGAGCUACAAGGAUAGCUAUUAACUGUGCAAAGUUUGGUCUUGCAACCAAGGUUGUAGAAUUACUGGUGCAUAGUUUGGAGAGGGAGUCGAGUUUACACAAAAAAGUGGACUUGUUUUUCCUCGUUGAUUCUAUCACUCAAUGUUCCAAAGGCAUGAAAGGUGAUGCUGGUGUUUAUCCCUCUGCAAUCCAAGCACUCUUGCCUCGUUUAUUGUUAGCUGCCGCCCCUUCUGGUAGUAGUUCUUAUCAGAAUCAUAGGCAAUGCUUGAAAGUUUUGAGGGUCUGGCAAGAGAGGAAGAUUCUUCCAGAACCCAUCAUACGCCACCACAUCCAGCAGCUUGAUGCGCUUUGUGGUUCAUACCCUAGUGUCAGUUCCCGCCGGCCUUUGAGAAAUGAAAGAGCUUUUGAUGAUCCCAUUAGAGAAAUGGAGGGUAUGCUGGUUGAUGAAUAUGGAAGCAAUUCAAGCAUUCAACUUUCUGGCCUCGGUUUGCCUCCUAUGUUGGGUGGCGAUAAUGGUGGGAGUGAUUCUGAUGGAGAGAGCUUUGAGGCUGUUACUCCAGAGCAUAAUAAUGAAAAUUCUAAUGGGGAAACUCCUCUGGUUCAAGCUGUUCAGAAGCGAAGUCAUAUCUUGGAAGAUGUUGAUGGUGAGCUUGAAAUGGAGGAUGCAGCACCCAGUUGUGAAGUUGGGGGUAGUGAUACACAUGGAGAAGAACAGCACAUGAAAACACCACAUAAUCAAUUUAGCAACCAUUAUGGGGUGCCAUUCUCAACCCAACCGCCGAAGGAUGUAUCUAUGACAGUUGCUCCUCUGUCAGGUCCCCUGCCUCCUCCUCCUCCUCCUCCUCCCCCUCCGCAGGCGCCACACCCACCAUCUGUUUUACCUCCUACAGUGCUUAACUCUGUUUCUAAUGGCCAUGAAUCAAGGCCCUAUUCAAGUUCUCAGAAUUUUAACGGAAGCUUACAGGAAUCCUUAGUGAGUCAGCCUGUUCAUCCAACUGUGAAUGUACCACCAGUUGAUAUUGGGAAUCGACAGGGCCAUGGCAAUAAUUUUGAGCCUCAGAUGCCUAGACAGAUUAUGGACUCCAAUAACGUCAGUUCUUGCAGUGAUAGGCCCAACGCCGUUUUAUCUGGUCAAGCUUCUAACGGCAUGCAGCCACCUGAUGCUUUCAGUAAGGGUUUUCAUUUGCGCCCUCCUCUGCCUGCCCCUUCAAAUCAGUUUUCGUACGUCCAAGAACCAAGAAUUCAAACAUGGGGGGAUAUCCCACCACCACCACCACCACCACCACCACCUCCUCAUCCCAACAGAUUUCUCCCAUGUAAUGCAGAAAAUGGGAACUUCUAUAGGGAUCAUGAUAGAAACAACUUCAAUCCUCAUGAUAAUGUUGGGGACUGCUGGAGGCCUCCGUAUCCUGGUGGCUCUGGGCCAGGCUCAUGCUAUCCUGAUGGACCUAGGAUGGUUCACCCACCCAUGUACAAUGGUCCACCCCGUGAUCCAUCAGUACCUGGCAUGAGGUGGAAUUAUCCUCCCCCACCUAUGAACCAAGGACAUUUCAAUCAUUACGGUCCUCCAGCUGAUGGUUCUAUUCCUGUGGCAAAUAGAGGCCCUAGCUAUUGGAGGCCACCGAGAUGAUUUUUGGAGGCAGCUUCUAUGAAACUGGAUGUUUUCAUUUCAAUGGGUGGUUUGUCUUCAAAAUUCAUCUUGCAGUUCAGCUAUUAUGUGGCCUGCCAAAGAUACUGGUGCUACUGUGGACUAAAGAAGAAAAGGUGGCGUGAAUUUGUUCGAUUGUAUAUAUAAAUGGAGCUAUUCUACCUGACGUCCCCCAUGAAAGGAUGAUCUGAAGCCAUCUGCAAGGGAGAAAUGCUACUCUUAGGCUGCCAAUUCUCUGUAUUACUUAAAAAAGUUAUUUCCCAAAUUUUGAGCAUAACAUUAUUAUUUAUUGUUACUUCUAGUCUGGUGUAGGAUUUCAGUCCCUCUCGUCUAUGUGCCCCCGAUUGUAAAAAAAUGCAACUGUCCUGUACAUUUUGAGCAGUUCUACUUCUCAAGCUGUACAGAAUGAUUUAUACCCAAGACUGCUUCAUAAGGAGUCAUUCAUCCAUA